AUGCGGCCCUCCCCAACCGCCUUUGACAAUCCGUCACACCCGCCCCACCGCAGGGUGAACGCAGCAGCCGGCAAUUUUCCCUCCCUCCCUCAGCGGGCACGGCCAGCCCUCCGCGGAGGCGAGUCCCGUCAGGCUGGGACGCGGCGCACGAAGCUGCGCAACGCUGUCCUGCAGUGGAGGAGUUGUCCCCUGCACCGUGCACGCCCCCGACUACGUUGGGGUGUGUGGCCCCGUUCCACCGCCGUCCGCACCGCCACUUCCCUCCCUCCCUUCAGCCGCAGGAAACCCCAAGACGUGGCUCCACUUCGUGUUGAGCGCAAACUCGCACACUCCCUCCACCGUGCGGUCAACGGCUCACUGUGGCCGCGGCGGUGCCUCCUCCGCCCUUCCGCGCCGCGCUGC